CUUUUUUGUUAAAAAAAGAAGAAGGGAAAGGCGUCCCCCCGAGAUUCCCAUAAAUUCUAUCACUAUAACAACGGCAUCCAACGUCACACCAGCGAGGAAUCGGCCGAGAAGCCAGGUGCCUGCAGCUCUGCUCCCCGCCCAACCACACACUCGGGAACUCCACCAACCCCCAGCCUGCUUAGCCAGCCGCUGUUGGUCGCCCAACCUACCCAACGACCUAUCUACCUAGCCCCUGAGACGUGAGGACGCCGAGAUUUCUGGGGGUUGGGAAAAAGGUGCGACAUCAGUGAAGCUCCCUGAGGUGCUUCUUCGUUUUCAGGGCCUCGUAACGAGGUUCCUUUCCACAUUUCAGACGAUGGGCACGAUGGAUAGCAGUGAUACCGGCCACACCAGACCAGCGGCAGCGGCAGCGGCAGCGGCAGCGGCAGCGGCAACCACGACUGCGGACGCGCCCCAGAAGAGGUCGAGGGUGCUCCUCUCGUGUGCGCCAUGCCGUUUCUCAAAGUUGAAGUGCGACAGAGCAGUGCCAUGCACAAACUGCCUCAAGAAGUCCCGUACGGACCUGUGCAAGUACGCGCCCAAGCCCGUCAAGAACAGGCCGCCCAAGGGCAUGGCCGCCCGCCUCAGGAGGCUGGAGGGCAUGGUCCGCGAGAUGCUCGACGAGGACGGCAACGUCCGGGAGCCCUCGUCGGAGCACACGGCGGCGGGCAAGCAAGAAGACGGCAGUGUGCGUGGUGGUGAUGGCGACGCCAGCGACGCCAGCGGCAAACCUACAUGCACCCCAUCGGUCCCGGGCGCCCAGGUCGUCCGAGGUCCGGGGGCGAGGGGAGGUACAGCCACUUACGUGGGAGCUACGCAUUUCAUGGCGAUGUUGGGUGAUGUAGGUGCCGCAGAUGUCGUUUUGCUUUCCAUUCCUAAUGCACCACGGGCCAGGGAAUGCUUGCCCAGCCGCGACGUCGUUCCGCGAGAAGUACUGUAUCGGGAUUGGGGACAUCAGAUAAAGAGAGCUGACGCAAUUUAUGCUUCACAGAUUGAGGACCUGAAGAGUUACUUUGACCACGAGGAAGUCGAUGAAGAAAUGGACGGGGACUCACCCGAGUACUUCACCAACGGUGACUCGCCCGCGAUGCUCAUUGGGAGCAGGGCCGCGCCCAAGACGAGACAGGACCUCUUGGACCUGUUGCCACCAAAGCAAGUCGCCGACCGAUUGAUCAUGCGAUACUUUAAUUCGCACUCCGCCUCACAGCACGUUGUUCACAAGCCGAUGUUUAGCAGAUGGUAUAAUGAGUUUUGGGAGGACCCGACGUCACCCACAGUAGAGAUGGACUUUUUGGCCUUGUUAUACAUGGUUUUCGCGUUGGCAAUCUUCUUCAGCAACUUCAUGGCGCCGCACGAGCUAGCUAGCGACAACGUCCCGCUGACGCCCAUACAGCGUUUCCGCCAGUAUCGGGCUGCGGCUGGGUCUGCACUCACAUACGCGUCGCGCGACGGCCAGCACGGCUUCUCGUCCCCGGGCCCGCUGACCUGCGCGCCAUUGAUUCUGUAUGUUGAAGCUGACUUCCUAAUCAACCGCACCUCGCAUAUGAACUGUUACCUGCUGUCGAGCGUUUGUAUCCGAGUUAUGCUCAAGAUGGGCAUGCACCGUGACCCGUCGAAGGUUCCUGGGUCACCACUCUCGCCUUUCGAAGCUGAGAUGGGUCGGCGGAUGUGGAACUUGGCUAUUCAGAUCGACCUCAUGGUGUCAUUCCACCUAGGUUUGCCUAGCAUGAUUCACGGUAUUGAAAGCGACACCCUGCCACCGCGGAAUCUUCUGGACGAGGACUUUGACAUUGACACCAGGGAAUUGCCGCCAGGGAGACCAGAGACGGAGUACACCCACAUGACAUACCCAACAUUCAAAGCUGGAAUCUGUAAACUGUUUGGCCUCGUGGCAAGGCAGGCGCACGCGCUCACGGAGCCGACAUACGACGAAGUCAUGGAUCUGGACAACCAGCUCGCGACCAGAUUCGAAGCAAUGCCGUCGUUCAUGAAGGUCAAGCCGCUGGAGGAAUGUGUGACUGACCCGCCGUCUAUGGUGAUCCAGCGAUUCGGCAUUGCGGCGCUCUACCACAAAGCCAUCUGCGUAUUGCACAGGCGCUACCUGGCAGAGAAGACGCCUAGUAGGGAACACCGCUACUCGAGGCGGAGGUGCUUGCUGGCCGCGCUCGCGUUGCUCGAACAUCAGAACUCGGUGUUCGAGGCGACCAAACCGGGCGGCAUGCUUAACCAGAAUGGCUGGUUUGUCUCCAGCCUUGCCAUGCACGACCUGUUGCUUGCGGCCAUGGUUAUCUACCUUGUCAUCCAAAAUGAUCACUAUGCCGAGCCGGGUGUGGAAUUCGACGGGACAAAGAAGGGCACAGUCUUGCCGAGUAAGAGGCAACUUAUGGAAGCGCUCAAACGAUCAUACCGCAUAUGGGCAGAGGUGGCUCUUGCUGCGCCUGAGGUGAGAAAGGCACCUGAGAUCCUGGCCGUCAUGUUUCGCAAGAUCGAGAAGAGCCAUGCUGCAAAGGGAGAGACGAUCUCGAUGCUGGACGAAGAUACCAGGCCUCGGGGGUCCGGUCCAACGGGUUAUUCCCCGUCCCUGGACACCUUGAGGAUCGACGACAAGCAGCUUGCGGAGCCUUAUGGAACCAAACCCAAGGCCCUGGCCCCCAUUGCGAAUACCAGGACUGACUACGCAACCCCAGUGUCGCCUGUUUCUGAACAGCGCACAUUCAACGCGUCAUCCGGCACCCAACCUCAGAUGACCACGUGGGUGCCAGAGGCGACAGAUGCAAUGGACGCAAUCGACUGGACUUCAUUGGAGACAGCCAUUAGGGCCAACGCCGCCUUUGGCCAGUCGUCUGGCACUGAAUGGAUGGCUGACGACCCCACCUUCGACUAUUCCGGCCUUGACAACUUUGUGGAUUCUGAUUUCAUGACCAUGAACUACUAG